ACAAAACUAAAAGAACGGGAAAAAGUACAUACAAAUAAGGACAACAAGAAAUCUAUAUCGCGCGCAAAUGUCGCUGUUGCUGUAUCAGUUUACUUAGCAUAUAAGCAACAACCUGAUACUCUCUUCUCGUCAACGCUGCAAAAUCUCGAACUCCGACAGUCUUAACAAUUUACUGAGAAUCCUUCUGAAAGACUGAGAUUAUUGGGGAAAUGCUUGUUUCAGCUCUUCUAACGUCUGUUGGGAUAAACUCUGGCCUUUGCGUCCUAUUCUUUAUUUUGUACUCUGUAUUGAGGAAGCAACCCAGUAAUUAUAAAGUUUAUAUACCUCGAUUGCUAGCUGAAGGAAAUUCUAAAAGGAGGAGCCAUUUCAACCUUGAAAGGCUAAUACCUUCACCAGAUUGGCUGAGGAAAGCUUGGAGUCUCUCUGAAGAUGACUUAUUGUCCUCUACAGGUUUAGAUGCUGUGGUUUUCAUGCGCAUUAUAACCUUCAGCUUGAAAGUUUUCUUGUUUGCUGGAAUCAUUGGGAUUUUUGUUCUCCUACCAGUAAACUGCACAGGAGGUCAGCUUCAUGAGAUUGACUUCAAGGAUUUGUCAAAUAAUUCUUUGGAUGUAUUUACCAUUUCCAAUGUAAAAAGUGGCUCAAAAAGGUUAUGGAUUCACUUCUCUGCUGUGUAUCUUCUUACUGGAUUUGUCUGCUGUCUUCUUUAUUAUGUUCGAACCAUGUUCUCGGGUCCUGAAAGGGGCUCACUACGUUGGGGGACUAUGAAGCUCAACAGCAGCAUUGACGGUAUCCAAUUACUAUUCUCAUUGGAUUUGGUGCAAACCCAUAAUUUCAUCGGGUUAGAUUUUUUGAAGACCUUGAAGAUAAUAAUGGUGAAGACUACUGGUUACAGGGUUGUAAUGGGCACUGGAGUGACGGUAAAAGAGUGGAGAUAUGUUGUAAAAUAG